AGAGCGAUUUAAUCGACUCUGAACCCAUCACAAUCAAUCAACUUUAUUGUAAUCUUUCCUACAACAAAAUAAAAUAUAACAUUAUUUGAAAGAAAUAAAAUGUGCGUCUAAACAUCCCAUCGAAAACAGUUCUUAUCUGUUUUAAUAAAAGGAAAGGCUGUGCCUGACGUGUCAAGCUUGAAUCUAUUUAGAUUCGUGUCUACUUCUUUUCUUAGAAAUUCUGUUGAUACGCGCCCUGAGAACUUUUAUUGUUUCACUGACAUAGAUUCUUUAAAUGUAUAAAUUUAAACCAAUUAAUUCAUUGACUUCAAUGGAUACAUUUCCACUUGUCAAGGCUUUGUUCUCCUUGUCUAAAUUCCUAGGACUAGCUCCCUUCGUUAUGGUAAAUACCAGCGAUGGUUGCGCUUUACGUGUAUCAAGGGGUGCCGUAAUUUACAGCACUGGAAUGCUGAUCCUAAUUUCUGCCUUUCUGAUCGACAGAAUAUCAUUCCGAAAGGAUUUUCAUAUGAGUAGCUGGCCAGUCUCUGUAGCGAACACAGUUUUUCAGCUGUCAACAACCCUCUUCACCUAUUGGGCAUCUUACAUUUCAUGUAUCACAAAUUGUUCGAAUAUGGCUAAAGUUCUGAAACAAAUUUUCACGUCAGUUUUCUCACAAAAUGUCUUGCUGCUCAAGUACAAAUUAUUUAAUUUCAUACUUGCGUUCCAAAUAUUUGGAGGGUUUAUAACCUUCGGCGUGCUCUAUUACAUUGAGUGGUGCCACGACUUGUAUCCUGACUACAGCGAGAUGAUCCCGUACAUCGUAAUAGACUGCUGCGAUUAUGUGUACGUACUGCAGCUCAUAGAUCUGGUCCUCUUGUUGGGACAUUACUUCGACGUUCUCGGUUCUAGAAUUCACAAAUUAUGUAAAGAUGACGAGGACUUGAUUUCGGUCAAGCGAAAUACAAUCGUCUCUCUUAGCCACUAUGGAAUUUCGUACGAGAAGACUUCAAAAAUAUCGUCUCGUGUCAAGAUCCAGGAACUCAGUUGUCUGUAUAAUUCUCUUUGUGAUACUGCAGAAUUAGUUAACAGUAUUUAUUCAUUUAUGAUAUUAGUGAACAGUGCGGGGGCGCUUGUUGGAAUCACUUAUGGUUUAUACAUUGCAUCUAUCACGAUAUUUGAUAGAAUUAAUGCGCAUGAUCGGGAACUGAAUCCUCUUUUACCGACGCUGUCAUGGAGUGCUUUCUACGUGACGAUGCUUGUGUGCGUAGUCACUUCCUGCAGCUCAACAUGUCGCAAGGCAAAUCGAACUGCUGUUCUGGUCCACAAGCUACUGAGCAAGACCAGAGACCCUGGAGUAAAGGAAGAACUCCAACUGUUUUCACUGCAGCUGCUACAUCGGAAAGUCCAGUUCACUGCUUGCGGGUUUUUCCCGCUAGACUUCACUCUCCUGUAUUCUAUCAUCGGAGCGGUGACCACGUACUUGGUGAUCUUAAUACAGUUUCAGCUCUCCUUCGCGAACCCGAAACAGAAUGGUACCGUCUCAGCUGUUUUGCCUGUCAGCACGAGUUCAGAUCUCUUCACACCAACUCUGCCUCCGUAGAUUAAACCAUGUGGUGAUCCGUCAAGUCUCAGCUUACAAUUUAAAACAGGCCGAGAGGAUAAAUGUUCAAUGUCUCGAGUUUUCUAUCUUAUUCAGUCCGCCAUUAAUGUAUCUUGUUCUGGUUUUCUUUCAAGCGCUUGGGAUGAGAAAGUGUGCUGUGCAUUAACCGACUAAGGACCAGCUACUGUUUUCAUUUUGUAGACUUUGUAAAAACACUUAAAUGGAAUACAGUUACGAUCAAAAUAAAGAUAUGGAAUAGGACGAAGAAAAAUGAAAGAAAACUUUAUGUAUUACGAAAUAAAGAGUGAAGUUUUCAAGUAAGAUUUUACAGUGGCUGUUGCAAUGCAGAAAUUAUUAAAAAUCGAAUAAAUUGAGCAUUCCCUUCGAA